AUGAACGAUUCUGCUCUGCUCGAAGAUGUGUUAAAGGCGAAUGGAGAGGAACACCUCUACGACAAGAUCAUGGAGCUCGCUGCUCACGUGGAAGAGGAGCCGCCCGUGAUAUUUGGCUGGCAGAACGUGGAAGUCUUCGUUCGGGCUAUUCAUGUGGCUCAAGCGCAAGCGGUUGCUCCAGGAGGUGAGCCACUACCAGCCAAUCCGCUUGAUCUUCCUGGCGCGGUGAAUGUGCAGAACUUCAAGGAAGCCGUGCUGGAGUAUGCGCGAGCUCCAGGAGCUGAUGAUCGUCUUGACACCACGUGUCUUCCAUGCUCGCAAGAGCAGUUGGGCCAAGUGACGUAUAUGCUGCGAAUUCUGGAAUUCGAGCCGUAG